UGUGAUUAUUUCCAUAAAGUUAGGAAACAUUUCAAAUGUUUUAAUGACAGAUGGCGCGUUGAUUUGUUUGCUUGUAAUCAGCAGCAAUCACUGACCUAUUAUAUUUCAGUUUACCUGUAGAUUGUUACUUCCUGAGGACAGCGCCACAACAGAUACCAAGAUGUUGCGUGCCCUCAUAUGUGCAGCAUUAUUUACUUUGGCAUUGUCUGUUGACAUGGAAACAAUUCUUUCAAACACCAAUGGCUAUAAACUGGAUACAAAAGUGACUUAUUUAAUUGCUGUUCCUCGUAAGAUUCGUCCCAAUCAAGUGAUUCAGAUAUUUACAACUAUUACUCGACUAGAGUAUGGGCCCCUCAUAUUGAAGCUCUCUGUUGUUAGAGAUAACUUUGAGUAUGGUAGAACAUCACUGGAAUUUAACAUGCCUGCUAGCCGAAUCAUGCAGUUACAGGUGAGUCUACAGACUGUUUUAUUAGAUAGCUAGUGUUAUCUGUCAUCU